CUCCCCUAAUCGUAAAGGCACUAUGAAUUUAUGAUUUGGAAAGGGGAUAUUUUGGGCAGAUUUUGAAAGAUAAUCAUGGUUUUAAUUUAUGAUUUCUGUGAUGGUAGAGGAAUGUCCAGCAUCAGUUGUGACAAAGUGUGCACUGAUAGCAACCCUGUUGAAAAUCUGGUAUCUGUUCAGUAUCACAAUAAAAUGGCAGGAUUUAUUGGAGAAAAUUUCAUCAGACCUCCUGUUAAUGUUACUUUACAAUUCCCAUGUAAUAUUGAAGUUUUCCGUGUUAUUAUUAAUCCAGUAGUAGGGGCACAAAAAUCAAAUGGAUUUGAAAUUUAUACAUGUUCAAAUAAAGUAGACACAUCACACUUGCUUCAAAACAAAAUACCUGUAGUGUCUAGCAAAAGUUCUUUCUUUGUUCCUAUUGGUAAAAUGAUUGUUGAUAAACCUGGAGUUAUUUGUUUCACUAAUGGUCAGUUUAGAUGUGACGAAUCUAAUAGUUCAGUUCCGCCAAUGGAUCAAUAUUGUUACCAUGGUGAACUGAGACAUGGUAGAUCUAGUGCUUUAAAUUUUGUCAGCCAUCUUACUGUCAGAAUUACAAGAACAGUUAGUGGAAGUGCAGUGUGUAUCAAGAAGUUAGAAGUUUUAGGAAGACCUUCAAAAUCAUGCUCAGAUUGUGUCCUCAACAAACUUAAACAAAUGUUUUCACCAAGAAUACAAAGUAGUGAUGGUUCGGCUAUGAUUCAAAAUGAAAAAGCCGACAAUGUGCAACAAUCAAACUGUGAUCUUUUUUCACGUAACAAUGUAGAUAUUCCAGAGGAUUUUAUAGACAGUAUCACUCAGGAAAUAAUGACAAUGCCAAUGGUAUUACCAUGUGGUAAAAAUAUUGAUCAGUCAACACUGGAAAAACAUGUUUCAGCAGAAGCCUCAUGGGGUAGAAUGCCAAGUGAUCCCUUCACUGGCAUGUUGUUUGACAGUCAGAAAAAGGCAACUCCUAAUCUUCCACUGAAGGGGAGGAUAGAUCAGUUUGUUCUUCAGAAUUUAGAUAGACUUCAAAAUAUACCAAGGACAUUAGGAAGAGAUGCAAAGGAAGGACCGUCUACAAGUAGACUUGUUAGUACUGAAAAUAUACAACAAUCAACUAGCAAAACUGAUACAAAACAAAAUGAGUAUCAACCUAAGAAUGUUGGGAAAAGAAAGAAUGUGUGUGAUUCUGUUCUUGACUUGUCAAAAGAUAGCGAUUCGUUUGUAGAGGUUUCACUUGAUCAUAGAAAGAAAUCCAAAAGGGAAAAGAUUAUAGAUUUGACAGCAAAUGAUUCAGAGACACCUACAGAUUGUGAUGAAAUAAUUGAUCUAACAUCUAGUGAACCUCUAAAGGGUUCAAAAACCCAUGCAUCUGAUCUUCAGAGUAGUCUUGAUAGUGCCUUAUUGACAACACUAGGUACAUUACCAUCAUUUACAAAACCUGUUAAAACAAAACAAGCACCUGUUUGUUGUAGCCUUUGUAAAACUGUGGACAGCCAAAUUAAUUAUAAACUUUCCUGUUGUCAUUACAUUUGUAGGAGUUGUCUCACAAAGUCUCCAAACACAGUUUUAUGUCAAAUUUGUAAAAUUCCAACAGAAAAAAGAGAUGCAGUGCGUGCACAUAUCACAUAAUUGAAUGAUAAAUUAUAUAUUUUUUUAUUUAA